AUGAAGGAGACUGGAAACAGAACGGGAUCCAGAGGGAGACCCACUGAUGACAACUCCAGAGGCAGACCCACUGAUGACAACUCCAGAGGCAGACCCACUGAUGACAACUCCAGAGGCAGACCCACUGAUGACAACUCCAGAGGCAGACCCACUGAUGACAACUCCAGAGGGAGACCCGCUGAUGACAACUCCAGAGGCAGACCCGCUGAUGACAACUCCAGAGGCAGACCCGCUGAUGACAACUCCAGAGGCAGACCCGCUGAUGACAACUCCAGAGGGAGACCCGCUAAUGACAUCUCCAGAGGGAGACCCGCUGAUGACAUCUCCAGACGUAGACCCGCUGAUGACAACUCCAGAGGCAGACCCGCUGAUGACAACUCCAGAGGGAGACCCGCUAAUGACAUCUCCAGAGGGAGACCCGCUGAUGACAUCUCCAGACGUAGACCCGCUGAUGACAUCUCCAGAGGGAGACCCGCUGAUGACAACUCCAGAGGGAGACCCGCUGAUGACAACUCCAGAGGCAGACCCGCUGAUGACAUCUCCAGAGGGAGACCCGCUGAUGACAACUCCAGAGGGAGACCCGCUGAUGACAACUCCAGAGGCAGACCCGCUGGUGACAUCUCCAGAGGGAGACCCGCUGAUGACAACUCCAGAGGCAGACACGCUGAUGACAACUCCAGAGGCAGACCCGCUGAUGACACCUGA